CACUAUAGUUAAUCCAGUAUGCUUCGGAAUGCUCUCUAUUUUUGUCGUAUUCGCUAGUUACUUCAAAACAGUAUAUAACAAUGCGGGAUAAAUGUUUGAUCAGAUAUUUUACAUAUCAAGUUGCAUUCCAGACUUAUUAAAAGUCCGUACACUUUAUAUAAGAUAAUUUACAUACAAAUUUUGACAUAGAAUAAUUACGAUACUGUCCCGUUCGCGUGUAACUGGAAAUUGAUUUACUGUGCUCUUCGAUCGCUUGUUUGACUGACAUUUCUGGUGUGGAACGAUCGUAGUUCAGGGAGAAUUGGAUUUUUAAAAUCGUUUUGGGACGUUGACACGAGUUAUUGAAUAAAAUGGAAUAAAAUGUUUAAUCAAACUGUAUUUCGUUACUAUGGGUAAUGUUUGGUUGCUACGGACGUAGUCAAGACGACAAAUACAGGAUGGGUUGUGGGUCAAGCAAAGAGUUCCCGGAUGACGAGCCAAGAACCGUUGUCGUGUUCGGGGCGACUGGACAACUUGGUGGGUCUGUGGCUCGAGCCUUAUUAGAAGAUCCAUUACGGUUUAGAGUUCGAGCCGUGACAAGACGUCCCUCGAGCGAAAAAGCAAGAAAGUUGGCGGAAGAAGGAGCUGUCAUCGUCACAGCCAACCAGAAUGACAUCGCGAGUUUAGAAAAGGCGCUAGAUGGCGCUGAUUCCAUGUUCCUUACCACUCAUUAUUGGGAAGACAAGAACAAGGAGAAAGAAAUUGUCAGGGGUCUAAAUGCAAUUGACGCGGCAGUUCAUAAAGGUCUAACACAUAUUGUGUUUAAUGGGUCAGAAAAUGUCCGUAAAACUAUCGGUAAAGAUUGUGGUCAUCUCGACAGCAAGGCUGCUAUAGAAGAGUACCUUAGAGAAGUUGGCGUCAACUAUACGAUUAUUAGAUUACCAUUUUGGUAUGAGAAUUUUACUACAGUGUUUCGACCACACAAAGUAAAACACGGAGUGUAUGCAAUACCAAUACCCAUGGAAGAUAUGCCUUUAGACAUGAUCUCAGUGACAGACGUAGGACAAUGUGUGAUGAAACUAUUUUAUAGACCUAGAUAUUAUUCUAGAAAAACUUUAUCAUUUGGUGGUGACCGACUUACCACUGAGGAAAUGGCGCAUGCGCUGUCGAGAAACAUAUUUAAUAAGAAAUUCGUACACCCUAAGCUCAGGAUAAAAGAUUUUGAACAAUUCGAUUUCCCGGGUUCACAAGAAUUGGCCGCCAUGUUCGAAUUUUACCAAAAGGCACAGAUAACACGUGAUAUAAAAUUGACUAAAAGAUUAAACCCGGAAUAUCAAACGUUUGAAAAAUGGCUUGAGGAAGAAGCUGAAUCUGUUGAAAAUGCAUUGAAAGAACAAGAUCAGUGACGUUUGCAAGUCACGUGAGUGAUAAAACAGGAAAUGCGAUAACACGUGAUGAUAGAGGGGCAGUUAGUACAAACGAACGCCUUCACGGAGUUGUCGUUACUUUCUAACCUUAUUCAAAGGGAGACAACUCUGCACACCAGGUCGACGGAAAAUGAACGAGAGUCACGUGUCACGCUACAUUCUUGUUAUACUGCAUUUACAUAAUUGUCGAAAUCAAAUAAUUUUUUAAUCGUUAUCAUUUUUGUAUAUAUGUUUGUAAAGACAUUUUUACUAGUUUUUAAUGCUCAAGUGUAGCGAGGAAGAAAAGUGAUAUGCAGUUGAAAGAUGGAAAUUACUGUUGACAUAGAUCCAGUAAAUAUGAUUUGAAGAGUACAGUGUAACUCCUGAAAACCUAACACCUGUAGGACCGGACAAGUAUAAUACAAAGCAUUCCUGAAAAUGUAUAUGUAUACACUGUCCUUUUUUUAAAAUCUUUAUCAUCAAACAUUCACAGAAAUAGUCCUCAGAUGGAGGUAUUUUUACCAACACAGCUCUUCGUUGCGUAAAUGGCGCACAUGUGUCUCUUUUAAGGUUUCAUGAUAACCACGUUAUGAAUUUAAAAUUCUAGUUUUACACCAUUUUUAUUGUUUAAUAUUAAGCUCUACUUAAGCCUGUGCUAGGGGCAUGAGGGAUAGAUUGCAUUAACCACUGCCAUGAUUGAACAGGCUUACAAGUUGUUGUUGUUGCUGUUGUUAUUUUUAUUUUUCGUUCAGCUUUACCUUGAAGUUGCUGAGUACUUAAAAGAAGUUCAAAGGUCAAGAGAUUAAAACAUGUUCUUACAUCGUUCACUGCAUAUCACUUUCUCUUCAAAUGCAAGACAAUCGUUUUCAUAUUUUUAUUUAUAUGUUUUUGUUUGUUUUUCAUUUUAACUUCAAUGGGAGAAAGUGCUAAUUUGAAAAAAAUUUAAAAGUUUUACUCAAAUAUGCGAUGCCUAUUUAUAGGAAGUGACUAUAGUAAUGAAAUUACUACAGGUAUUAUUAAAGAAUAUCAUGUUUAUUUAUAAUAAAGUCAGAUCCCAAUAAACAACGUGGUCAUCAAAGACGGGGUUUGACAGUAUCGUUUAUUUAUUCUCUUUUUAAUAACAUAAAUUGAAAAUUGAGGCAUUUUCAAAGGCACCCUUUUCGGAAAGAUUACUGUCUCUUUAAGGUGAAAAAGUUUCUUAGUACGUAAUUCAGAUAAGGGUGGUUAUUUGUAUAAAAAAAUAAUUAAGGAUGGUCGGUUAAGUCAGAUGUAAUAGCAAUAUCAAUAUGGCAUUUAAGUACAGGUUUUACUGUAUUAUUAUAAAAAUUCCUAUAAUUUAUGCAAUAACGAUUGUUUUAGUCAAACUGUGAUACCUACUGUUGCUUCAAUAUAUAUGCUUGCUUUCAUUCCUUAAUCCAACAAUUUAACGAACAUAUACAUGUAUAUGAUUUACAUCAUAUGAUUGAUUUUUUUAUUGAUUUAACAUUAAUAAAACAAGAUUUGAGCCGCGUCACGACAAAACCAACAUAAUGGGUUUGCGACCAGCAUAGAUCCAGACCAGCCUGCGCAUCCGCGCAGUCUGAUCAGGAUCCAUGCUGUUCGCUAUCAGUUUCUUUACUUGUUAUAGGGUCUGUAAGCGAACAGCAUGGAUCCUGAUCAGACUGCGCGGAUGCGCAGGCUGGUCUGGAUCUAUGCUGGUCGCAAACCCAUUAUGUUGGUUUUGUCGUGACACGGCUCAUUUGCUUUCUCUUUGUUAUUAUUGCAAAGAUUGGUUGUUAUUUUAUAAACUUUGCC